AUGAUAGGAUUUAAUUAUGAUUUUAAUUCUAUUACAUCAGGAUCUGAAUUAGCACAAGCAUACUAUGUAAUCGGCACUUAUACCAUCUCUCCAUUAUAUAAUGCUCUUAUCGAUCUCUUUCCUUUUAUUAGAAAACUUCCAUUCAGUUUUAACGUUCGUUAUAAUAAUUCUCUCAAAAUUAUUAGAACAAUUUCCGAAAAUUUAGUUAUUGAACACAAAAACAAUCCAAUUAGAGGAAAAGAUUUAUUAUCAUUAUUGAUAGAAGCUAAUGAAAUUGCACCUUAUAAUGAAAGAUUAACACAUGAUGAACUGAUAUAUCAACUUCGUGAAGAAUUAAUUAAUACGUUUCCUGAUUGUGAUCAUCAACCUACUUUUGAUGAGAUCGAAAAACUAAAAUAUUUAGAUUGUGUUUUCAAAGAAACUCUCAGAGUUAUUCCGCCUGGUAAUAUUAAAUAUCAUGUUUUAAAAUCUUUAGUUUCUAAAACUAAUUAA